CCGGACGCCCACACGGCUCUGCCAUUACUCCGCGGCACAAACGGGCCAUCCGCGAGCCAGCCAGCCAGCAGUGCUCCCUUCCCCAAAGACAGAGAAGACUCCUCUGCACACACACACGCAAACCCGGCGAGACCCCAGUGAGCAGAGCUAGCGAAACAGAGGAGGAGCAGAGCAAUGGGGAGGGCUCCGUGCUGCGAGAAGAUGGGGCUGAAGAGGGGGCCGUGGACGCCCGAGGAGGACAAGACCCUGGUCGCUCACAUCAAGAGCUUCGGCCACGGCAACUGGCGCGCGCUCCCCAAGCAAGCCGGACUUCUGAGGUGCGGCAAGAGCUGCCGGCUCCGGUGGAUCAACUACCUGCGGCCGGACAUCAAGCGCGGCAACUUCUCCGACGUGGAGGAGCAGACAAUCAUCCAGCUCCACGAGCUGCUUGGCAACAGAUGGUCAGCCAUUGCCGCCCGGCUGCCGGGGAGGACGGACAACGAGAUCAAGAACGUCUGGCACACCCACCUCAAGAAGCGGCUCGACCCCAGCGCCAGCGCGCGGCAGGAGCACGACGAAGAAGAAGGCCAACAGGCAAACAAGAAGCGCAAGCCGGCAGCGGCUUCGCGGAAGAGGAAGCCGGCUGCCACGGCGCCCGUGUCUUCGCCAGAGCGUUCCGUGUCGACGUCCACGGUGACAGAGUCAUCCAUGGCCGUGGAGCACGGCAAUUCGGGGAGCUCGGCCGUGUCCGUGAAGGAGGAGAGCUUCACCUCGGCCUCGGAGGAGUCGGACGAGUUCCAGAUCGACGAGAGCUUCUGGUCCGAGACGCUGUCGAUGCCGCUGCUGGUUAGCGGCAGCAACAACGACGUAGUAGCCUCGAUGGAGCCCCACGAAGCGUUCGGCGCCGGCUCGUCGUCCGUCGACGGCGACAUGGACUACUGGCUCAGAGUGUUCAUGGAAGGCGGCGGCGACGACGACGUCGCGCUAGACUUGCCGCAGAUUUAGGGGGAGAGGAAGUUUCGGUUUCUUUUGUUGAUCCUAUCCUAAUUGUUCGAUUGUUCUUUUUCUCUCUCGCUGCUGCGCCAUCUUGCGUCUGAGGGAUUAGCUAACAGAGAAGAGUGCCCGUGGGAGGCCAUGAAGUGAUUAGGCAGGAAGAAUGAAAUGCAAAUCAAAACCAGCUCUAGUUCAUAUUCGUGCCAAUCUCUAUAAAACGGAAUUAUAAAACGGAAUUAGUACCAUCUUGUAUAGAAAGCGAGGAGACCAAUGAUCUGAACCGGGCAUUCCGAGAGAUUCUUGUGCACCAGGUGCAAAUGUCUCUCUGUAGGACGAAGAUUAUCUGGAACUGGCUUCUGCUUUUAUCAUUUGGUUAAUCGAAUUCAUCUUGCAUCUU